AUGUCUUCCAUGAACCAUCCCCGUCUUUCCGUCCUUCCCACAGAGAGUGAACCAGUCAGGAUGCACGUAAUCUCAAAAGUUGAAGAGAUCUUGCAAAAGUCAGAACAAGGGAAGAUACUUAUUACGCCGGGCGAAUUCAACGACGUGGAAGACUUUCUAGAAGGAAAGAAACUUAAGUACAGCUACAACUCCGCGAGUGGGUACCUGCGAUUCUAUAUGCCUUCGUGGAUUCACGAGAGUCUCGCCGACUGGAUAAAGGAAUGGGAGUCUGGAAUGGCCGCCUCAGGCGAUCUGCGCCCGGGAUCACUCAGGAUGCCUGCAAAUGUCCAGCUUCAGAACUUCCUUGGAAUCUACUCUGACAGUCGAAAAAUCCCCGACACUUUCCUGAUCCCUAAAGGCGAUGACAUAUGGCCGGCGACUGCGUUCGAGAUUGAUGAUAGCGAACAAUACGACGAUCUGAAGUGUGAUGCAGAUCUGCUGCUACAAGGGUCAGAGGGACAGAUAGGGACUGUUGUGCUAGUGAAACUGGACCCUCUCAGAAACAAUCAAACAUGCGUUCAAUCUGGCUUUGUGGAAAUAUACACCUACGACUCGGAGUCCGGCAAAAGCCGCCAGCGGGGAAAACGGAUGGUGAGCCAACUCGUUAUUGUUUUGUGGGAUUUACAAGGUGCUGAUUACAAUCUAUACUCUUUUCCCCCCUCCGAGAAAUCAUUCCCAUCAACGGAUCCAACUCGAAUGGGGGGAUCUCCUUCGGGAGCGUUUGGACCUUUGUAUCUCACAAAGGCAGAAGCCGGCGCCGUUAACUCUCGACGCUCUGCGGGAUGUCAUUGA